UCCGCCCGCAACGCCAUGGCGGCCCGCGCGCCCCCCGCCGCACCUGCGGCCGAGGAGUCGGGGGGCCCGGGCGGCCCCCCGCGCAGGAAAAAGUCCCGCUCGGGCGCGUCGGGCCUCCGCCGCGCCUUCAGCUGGCUGCGGGGCAAGCGGCGCAAGAAGAAGGCGGCGGGGACCGAGGGUGCCGAGCCGGCUGCCCUCCGCGCGAAGAAGGCGGACGACAAGACCAAGAAGGCCAAGGGCAAAGGCCGAGGCGCUGCCAAAGCUGAAAGUGACAAACGUCAGAGCGCAGGGCCCGGCCGGGGACCAGGGUUUGUCGUGGAUGAGCACCAGGACAAUGUCUUCUUCCCCAGUGGGCGGCCAUCUCACUUGGAAGAGCUGCACACGCAGGCCCAGGAGGGGCUUCGCUCCCUGCAGCACCAAGAAAGACAGAAACUGAACAAGGGUAGCUGGGACCAUGGAGACACCCAGAGCAUCCAGUCCUCCCGCACAGGGCCUGAUGAAGACAGCAUCUCCUUCUGCAGCCAGAAUACAUCCUACACGGCUGAGAGCACCACGGCUGAGGAUGCCCUGUCCAUCCGCUCGGAGAUGAUCCAACGGAAAGGAUCCACCUUCCGACCCCAUGACUCAUUUCCCAAAUCAUCUGGAAAGUCAGGGCGCCGGCGGCGGGAGAGGCGGAGCACAGUGCUGGGACUGCCGCAGCAUGUGCAGAAGGAACUUGGCCUGCGUAAUGAGCCUGAGGCACCAGGUACUUCUCGGCCUCCUGGUCCAUGGGCUGCUGUCCGCAUCCCCACGGUGGAUGGCCAUCCAGCUGGCCUGGCCUUAGGGACAGGGGUCCGGGUGUCCCUCCAGGCCCUGGAAGCAGAAGCAGAGGCUGGUGCGGAUUCAGAGGCCAUGCUGCAACGUCACAUUGACCGUGUCUACCGUGAUGACACACUUGUUGGCCGGUCCACUGGGGCCCGGCCCCCACCACUGACCCGGCCCAUGUCCCUAGCAGUGCCAGGACUGACAGGAGGGGCUGGGCCUCCAGAGCCCCUGAGCCCAGCCAUGUCCAUCUCACCCCAGGCCACCUACUUGUCGAAGCUGAUCCCACAUGCUGUGCUGCCACCCACAGUGGAUGUGGUGGCCCUGGGCCGCUGCAGCCUGCGCACACUGAGCCGCUGCAGCUUGGCCUCAGCCAGCCCAGCCUCCAUCCGUUCACUGGGCCGCUUCUCCUCAGCCUCCAGCCCCCGGCCCCGCAGCCGCCAUCCUUCUUCCUCCAGUGACACCUGGAGCCACUCUCAAUCGUCCGAUACCAUCGUGUCUGACGGUUCCACCCUCUCCUCUAAGGGGGGCUCUGAGGGCCAGCCAGAGAGCUCUGUGACUAACAAUAGUGUGGCACCGCCAUCUCAAGGGGGCAGUGGGAGGGGCUCCCCUAGUGGGGGUAGCACUGCCGAAGCCUCAGACACAGUCAGCAUUCGGAGCAGUGGGCAGUUGUCUGGCCGGAGUGUGUCCCUACGAAAGAUGAAGCGCCCUCCGCCACCGCCCCGCCGGACCUACUCCCUCCAUCAGCGGGGCUCAGCAGCACCUGAUGGGCCCUUAGGGUUGCCUCCCAAGCCCGAGCGGAAGCAGCAGCCACAGUUGCCCCGGCCACCCACUACAGGUGGGUCAGAAAGGGUCGGGGCAGCGCCCUGUCCACCCAACUCAGCAGGUGGCUGGGUGCCUGGCUUGUCUCCCAGUGGUUCCCGGCGCCCCCCACGCUCCCCAGAACGGACACUUUCACCCUCCAGUGGAUACUCGAGCCAAAGUGGUACCCCCACCCUCCCUCCCAAGGGUCUGGCAGGUACCCCGGCCUCCCCAGGCAAGGCCCAGCCUCCUAAACCAGAGCGUGUCACAUCCCUUCGAUCUCCUGGAACCUCUGUGUCCUCUUCACUUACAUCUCUGUGUUCUUCAUCCUCUGAUCCUACGCCCUCAGAGCGCUCUGGUCUACAUAUGUCAACCUCCAUAGGUGAUAGGUUUAUCAUACCGCCUCAUCCCAAGGUGCCAGCCCCCUUCUCCCCACCUCCCUCUAAACCCAAGACCCCAAACCAAGCUGCCUCUGCUCUGGUUGCCCCUCCCAUGGUUCCUGGGCCCAUCUCUACCACUGAUGCCAGUCCUGAGUCCCCUCCUGCUUCCCAGACAUCCCUGACCCCACCCCAGGAGUUUCCUAUUGUCCCCAAAGACCAGUCACCCCCGCCAUCCCCACCUCCAUCCUAUCACCCACCACCACCCCCUAGUAAGAAGCUGGAGGUGGUUGAGGAGGCCCCACCAGUCCCAGAGACUGCUGAGGAGCCCCUCUUAGACCCCAACUGGCCCCCACCCCCACCUCCCGCAUCUGAGGAGCAGGACCUGUCCAUGGCAGACUUCCCCCCACCCGAGGAGGCCUUUUUCUCUCUGGCUGGCUCUGAGCCUGCAGGCCCUUUGGAGCCCCCAGAGCCUGUCAGCUCUUUGGCUGCUUCCCUUUCAGCUGCUGUCUCUGUCCAGAGCCAGCCCCAGGGUACCCCAGAGCCGCCUCUGGCUCCACCAGUUCCACCUCCAGCCAGUUCUGUCCCCCAGCUUCUGGCCAAGCCCCCUCAGGAGAAGGAGCCAGUGGGCAGCAGCAAGAGCAGUGGGACUUCCAGGGAGGAUGCAGGUGUGCCUCUGGUCACGCCCUCACUCCUGCAGAUGGUGCGGCUGCGCUCUGUGGGCACUCCCACAGGGGCUCUGACCCCACCAUCAGGGCCAUCAGCCCCCCAGAAGCCACUCCGAAGGGCCCUAUCAGGGCGGGCCAGUCCCGUGUCUGCACCCUCUUCAGGGCUCCAUUCUGCCGUCCGACUUAAGGCCUCCAGCCUGGCUGCCAGUGAGGGCCUCAGAAGUCCCCAGGUGAAUGGAGCACCUGAGGCACAGCCGAGGUCUCCCCAGACCCCUGCCUCCACGGCCAGCUUCAUCUUCUCCAAGGGCACUAAGAAGCUGCACAUCGAGCGACCUGUGUCCCCUGAGGCCCAGGCUGACCUCCAUCGAAAUCUGGUGGCUGAACUUCGCAGCAUCUCAGAGCAGCAUCCACCUCAGGCCGUGAAGAAGCCACCUAAGGCUCCCCCACCUGUGGCCCGAAAGCCCUCUGUGGGAGUUCCCCCACCUGCUUCCCCCAGUUUUUCCCAGUCUGAGCCCCUUACUGCUCCUCCCACCAACGGGCUCCCUCAUGCCGUGGACAGGACUAAGGGGGAGCUGACCGAGAAUGGAGGUACGCAGCUGGCAGGCCCAGAGGAGAUGAGUCCCCCAGGCUCAGAGCCACGGAAAGAGCUGGUCUGACCACCACACUUGCUGGCACUGCUGACCCAUCCUAGGAAUACAAUCUCUCAGGGACCUGAGCAGCUCUAAGGACCAGAGGACAUGGCAGAAACAACCUAAGAGAGGACGCCUGCAGCCUUAACCUCCACGGCCUUUGAUAUUUAUGCAAGCCUGGUGUUGCCCCGUCCUCCAAACCACCCAGCUCUCAUGCCUUUUCCUGGAAGGAUUCACCUCCAGCAGCUGCUGCUUGUCUUGGUCUUAGCCUCAUCUUAAAGGAGGUAGCUGGUGGGAGUGUGUGGCUCUGCCCCCUGCUGGCCACAAAGCCACAGGCAGGUGCAAAGCCCCUUUUCUUUCUCUUUUUUUAAAUGUCCAAAUCAUGCAUACUGUAGUCCAGAAUCAAAGCACUUUUGCAAAGUGGCUACAUGUCCAACCUCCAGAGCCUGUGAAGCCACAUUCCAAGAGCCUGUUUACAUGACGGCAGCAUCAAUCUCUGGUAGCCAGUCCAUAGCUGGGACCAGUCUGUCUCCCUAAUCCAGUUUGCUCCUUUUCUUAGUUCUUGGAGGUGGACAAGUCACUUAUUCCCACAGGCUUCCCCAGGCUGAGGGUAGGAGUGGGACUGUUGAAUUCCAAAGCACAAAAGGUGCAGUGGGGGAUAGACUUCCUGUGCCUCAACUUACUACCCACCUCCUGCCUUCCAGUUCUGCCAGGUGCUCCAUGCAGGGGACAAGAAGUAGGAGUCUGCUAGGACCCAGAUGGGUAGGGGAAGAACCAGAGGGGAGGUCUGAGGUGCUCUCUGUCCCCUGAAUGUGAUGAACAGUCACCUUAGCUGGUCCUUGGUAUGCCAGGCAUCUGCCUGUUUCAGUCUGAUCGGUGGGGGUGGAUUGGCACAAUUUCAGAGGCAGGAGCCCAUGGGCUUGUCCCUUUUAGCUUGGCAGGAAGUACUGAGGUGGAAGGGGGGGAAACUGGCAAGGGGAGAGAUUUAUUUGGGCAGCAGGCCCAGAUCUGGUCCUUGGACUUCUUUCUCUGACCUUUCUCUUCUCAGUGAUGUCCUUUCUGCAGCUGCCUUCCAGCAAGGGUGAUUCUACUGGGGGCAGCUGAGGCUGAGUGGCAAGGAUGGGAAGCCAAAGGUGCAUUUUACUCAACUCUUCCCUAGUCAGUGAGAGGCACCCAGUGGUCCUAGUGAGGAGGCCAGGUGGCUGUUCCCCAAAUGUCAGCCUCUGCUACUGAUCCUUCCUCUUGGAAUUUUAAUGACCUCUGUUUUUGGCCUAUACCAACUAUCUAGGUACGCCGACUUCCUCGUUGGCCCCCGUGACUCCAUAGGGGUGGUCAUAGUGCCUCCCUUUACAGUAGCCUGGUUGCCACUCAGAGCCAUCCCUUCUUGAUCCCCUUUCCUUAACAGUGACAUGGACUUGAGCCUGGCAAGGCCUGCGUUUAGCUUCUCUGUUACCAGGAGAGUGACACUCUGGCCUGUCACCUGCCCCUCAAGAGCUGGGAACAUAGAGGGUGUGUGGCCUGCUCUAGGGAUUUUCAGUUCAUCACUACCAUCUUCUUCCUGUAGCUGUAAAUCAAGUCUUUCCCUUGCCCUGUGGGUAAUGGGGAGCUGCUGCUGGGUGUAUGUUGCACCGCCCAGUGAGUUGAGGAAGGACAAUCAGUAAGCACUGUUCUGCCUAGAGCUCAUCUCCCCUGCCCUAGAACCCAGGACCAUCAAAGCCCCAUGGCAGCUAGCAGUGUCCUCGGAGAUGGUGAAGGCAGGAGGGACCUCGACUUGUGUUUUUCCUUCCCCUCCAAUGUUACUGGAGCGCUUCUCCUCAGUCGGGAUUUUCUGAGUUUAUCUCCCCACUGGGUGGGCCAGAGUACAAAGAAGGAAUCUAGAAGAGUCAACUUUUCUUUGUCCUCUGGGGUAAAUGAGCUUGACCUAGUCCAAACGGAGAGACCAAAAGCCUCUGAUUUUUCAUUUGCAUAAAAAUGUUAGAAGAGAGAAGUAUAUAUAUAUAUAUAUGUAUUUCUUUAAAUUUUUGAGUCUUUGAUAUGUCUAUACAAACAAUCC